GGUAUGGGUCGUGCAUUAGGGUUAGCGUUGAUGGUGUGCUUGUUAGGGUGUUGCUGGUGGAGGCCAACCGAGGCCACGGCUGCGACGACAACGACGGCGACGACGCUGUCCGGAAUUUACGUCGAUAACGGCGUCGGUCAGACGGUGCUGGAGGAUGCACUUUCGUUCGAGGAGCAGCAGGAGAUUGAGAAUGAAAUUUUGAACCUGCUCGGGCUUCCGGGACCGCGGCCGGCCGUCCGCCAUCUACAUUCCUCUGUCGGCAAAUCUGCGCCUCAAUUUUUGCUCAAUGUCUACGAUCAACUGCAACAGGAGGAGAGCGAGUCCGCUGGUGCGGGAGCACGGAUACGAAAGGUUCGUAGUACAGACAUGGACAUCCUGAUUACCGAUGCCGACAGGAAAGCAAUUGAUGAGAGUGAUAUUAUAAUGACCUUUUUGAAUAAGAAUCAUCACGGUUCCGAAAUGCGCCACGAGAAGGGACGCCGACUUUGGUUCGGUAUUGCCAACAUCGAAAACGACGUCAGCGUACUGAUGGCCGAACUGCGCCUUUAUCGGAAGCUGAACUUGAACAAGUACACCACCUACAACACGUCUCUGACGUUGACAGUGUACGCGCUUACUGAGCUGAAUGGCGAGAGUGAAAUGACGGAAAUCUCUAGCAUGCAGCUGACGAGCGAUUACGAAGGUUGGCUGGAAAUCAAUGUUACCGGUGCGGUUGAUCUGUGGCUGAAAAACCGACAGGCUAACCAUGGUCUGUACAUUGGAGCGUACUUUGGCGAUCGUGUUGAACGGGAGGUAAAGCUGGAUGAUAUUGGAUUUGUUAGUGCGCGUGGUAGUGAUGAGUAUCAACCAUUUUUGGUGGUGUACGCCAAUAGCCAACAGCAGAUGAUGAAGCCGAUUCUUCAGCGACACCUAACACGCAAUAAGCGUAGUCAACCAGCGCGCAAGCGCAAACCCGGCAAAACCGAACAUCGGCACCCGUUCCAGUAUCACCAUCCGUACGAUCAGCACAAGAGCUGCCGGAUUCAGCAGCUGUACGUUAGCUUCAAAGAUUUGCAGUGGCAUGAGUGGAUUAUUGCACCGGAAGGGUAUGGUGCGUACUACUGCAGUGGCGAAUGUAACUUCCCGCUUAACGCGCACAUGAACGCCACCAACCAUGCGAUCGUUCAAACGCUGGUACACUUAAAUCAUCCUACGAAGGUGCCAAAACCGUGCUGCGCUCCAACAAAAUUGAUUCCAAUUUCUGUACUGUAUCACAUCGACGAGGCAAAUGUGAAUCUUAAGAAGUACAAGAACAUGGUUGUGAAAAGCUGUGGAUGCCAUUAG